AUGACUUCUACAGCUUAUAGUAUAAGACUUACACCACCUUCAUCUGAACUCUCAGUCAGUUAUGGUUCAACUCUUUCUGGGAAUCAGGCAGCAACACUCACAUCACUGGCAUUUAUAUCUGCCUUAUUAAAUCCAACUACCAAUUCAGUUGUUGGUAAUUCUCAAUGUGGAGGCAGUGGGUAUAUUUGUUUAGCUGCCAACAGUAGAAAUACUCUAACUUCAGGUGCUAAACUUUGUGUAGCCAUUGCCAAUCCUACAACUAGGGAUGUUGUUCUUAAUGUCAUUGCUGUUUCAGUGCUGAUCGAUUCAUCAUUAAUGGUGUUAAUGGGAAUCCAGAAGAAACCUUUAAUUUGA